ACCGUUGGAUAUAUUAUCUGUUCAUCGUACGGUUAAUAUAUGACAUGCAGGCAAGAAUGCAGCAAGAAGAUUGGCAGGUAGGAAAACCCAAAAUGGUAUUGAAAAAAUAACAUCACGUGAACAUGUAUCAGUCAGAUACAGCGAGUCUUCAGUCAUUCAAACAUCAACCACCCGUACAAAUUUCCACUUUUACCUGACGGUUCCCUAUCACCUACCAGCGGAUCACUCCGUUCAUCAUCGGACUCGGUUCUUGAAGACCCGACUCGGUCCUGUCUCCCGCAUUCAGACACCUCGCUCUCUGCCUUCCACGUGGGACCCUGCUGAACCUCUCUCUGCAACCACAACAACUGCUACCCUUCAUUCACUAUCCGACACGCCACCCCCAAAAUCCUGCAAAAUCUGAUCAGAUUUUUAUAGUGUCAUCGGGACGGAAAGAAAGAAACAAAACUACAAAAGGCCAGCACAGUACAGUAAUUAUAGGGCAUACGUCACCACCGGCGCGGAGAUUAGUCACGUUUUCACAUGAUAACACCCCACAGCAAGAGUCCUCUCUCAGGUCUAAUCAGGCGGCGGCUCUCUGCGUUCCUUUUGUAGGCCCCACUUUUUGAAACUCAUUUUCUCGAUCCACUCACGUGUCAGCCUCCACUCAAUAUACACCGUUGGAUGAAUAAGGAAUACAAUCAUAUCAAUCGAACGAUUGAGAUUAAAGAUAGAGCAAACUCUCCGAAUGAAAGGAGACAGGGUGGCUCCGCAGUUCUUUAUAUAUAUAUAUUAAAAGGGAGCAGUCUCGCCGUCCAGCCGACGAUUACGGAAGACUGCGUGGGUCCCACCUUUCUCUUCCUCCGCUCUUCUUACCUGGUUCGUUCGAUUAAAGCUCCAGCGCUCGCUUCACUGUUUUCUCGAGCUUUUUUUGUUUUUUCAUGGCGUCGUCUGGGUCACGUGAGGGGCACUACAGGGGAGUGAGGAAGAGGCCGUGGGGUCGUUACGCAGCUGAAAUACGUGACCCGUGGAAGAAGACGAGGGUAUGGUUGGGAACAUUCGACACACCUGAAGAAGCUGCCCUUGCAUACGACGGAGCCGCUCGUUCUCUCCGUGGAUCUAAAGCGAAGACCAACUUCCCAUCCCCUCCAACUGGGCUUUCUCUGGACCUCAAUAUUCUCCCAUCAGACCACCACCACCGCCACCACCAUCAUCGUUGGGUCCCUCCGUCGGCCCAACGUCUCGGUCUUGGUGAUUUUCUCCACACUGGAGUUCUCAAGGGCAUGAACUUUAACGGCACUCAUGAGCUUCCGCCAUCGUCAGGUGAUGUUGCCGUUACCGUCGCGCCUGUUGUUCGACGUGGCCUGCCCAUUGAUUUGAAUGAGCCUCCCCCACUCUGGCUGUAAAUGGAUGAGCUAACUUAGCUUUCUGUCGGCAUUAACCGUCAUCGUUUUGAUCUGGCUUUAGAAAAUGAAAAAAGAAAUCUUCUUGUUCUCCCACUACUGUUCUGUGUAUACAUAUAUGUUUUAUGGUUCGUUCUUUACUAUGGA